AUGGAGGGCAGGGGAGAUCUUUGUCACGGACUGUUUGGAACAUUUGAGAUGCUAUCGUCAUGGAGAAGGACACGUGAGGACCAACAUGUUAAGGAGCGUGUAGCUAGCGUAUUCUCUGAUGUCAUGCUGCGUUACUCAGGAGCUACACUGCUACAUCAGGUGUCUCUGGGUCUGGCUGCGUCUCCUCUGACCAACCUGGAGGCUGUCCGGCUGUUCUGUCGCUGCGCUGCAUUGGGCGUAACCGUUGGUUACCUUUACACCUUGUCCUUCUACGCCACCUGUCUGGUUGCCACAGGUUACCUGGAGACAGGGUACAGACACGGGUGUUUCUGUCGCCGCGUCCCCAAGAAGGGAGCGCUGGACACCAAGCCACGCUGGUACCGCUGUCUCAUGUACACACGCUACCAGGACGAGACACACUCACAAACUCACUCACACACACCCAACUCUACACACACACACACACCUAAUGCUGCGCACACCUACACACAUACAGCGAAUCCUGCACACUCACACACUCACACACACACUCCCAACACCACACACACACAUGACCAUACACCUAACACUACACACGCUCACACACACACUCCCAACACGACACACAUACAUGCUCACACACACAUUCCAAAUACACACACCCCAACCACCAUCUCUGAACUGCGACCCCAGGACUCACACUUGUUGCUAGGCUGCGUGCAGCGUUGCUAUGGAGACUGGAUCACCAACACCUAUGUGAAGCCCUUCAUGGUUCUGCUCUACCUCGUAUACAUCUCCUUUGGCCUGAUGGGCUUCCUACAGGUGAGCCAGGGCUCGGAGCCCAGUUCUCUGGUUGCUAUGGAUACUGGGACGUUGUUGUAUGCUCGCGCCCAGCAGCGCUACUUCUCCUCCUACUCUCCUGUGAUUGGCUUCUAUGUCUAUGAGAGCGCCCCCUAUUGGAACACCUCAGUACAGCGAGAUCUGCUGGAGUAUGCUAAAGGGUUCCAGCGAAUCAGCUGGCUGGAAAGCUACCUGGAUUACCUGACAGAACGGAACCUCUCCACUACCAGCCAAUCACGUGAAAGCUUUACGCGGAUGCUCCGCCUCUCCUUCCUUCGCCAGCCGCAAUUCGCUCAUUUUGCUGAUGACAUCAUCUUCGCUGAGCGCGAUGAAGGGGAGGAGCCAGAGAUGGCAGCGUCACGUGUCUUCCUGGUUGCCAAGACAACAGAGAACAAGAGGGAGGAGAUGUCCGUCCUAUUGGACACACUGAGACGUCUGUCUUUGACAUCACGCGUUCGCUUUCUCAUCUUCAACCCCUCCUUCGUCUACCUGGACAGGUAUGCUACAGCGGUGAGCUCUCCUCUGCGCCACUCCCUGAUGGCUGUGUUGUUCCUGCUGGGUCUGUCGUCUCUAGCGGUGGUGGAGCCCCUAGUGGCAGUGUGGCUCAGUCUAACCCUCCUCUCUGUCCAGUUUGGUGUUCUGGGCUUCAUGACUCUGUGGGGCGUGGAGCUCGACUGCGUGUCUGUGUUAUGUCUGAUUUCAGCACUGGGUCACUCUGCAGACUGCUGUGGUCCUCUACUGGCCACCUUCUCCUCUGGCCGGGGGGACAGCCGGACCGUGUGGGUCAGACUGGCGUUGGAGAGACAUGGCGUCCCCUCUCUACAGACGCUGAUCUGCUACACUGCAGCGCUGCUCCCUCUGGCCGCCGUCCGCUCCAACCUUACACGCUCGCUGUUCCGUUGCCUAGUGCUGACGGCAUUCUGUUCAGCGCUCCAUGCCUUGGCCUUCCUGCCCACGCUGCUCACCUUCCUGCCACCCGCCAAGAAGACAGGAAAUAGACAGGGAGACAGAGGGGAAGGGGAGGGGCUUAGAGAGGAAGUGGAGUGUGUGGAGAUGGUUGACAGCACCAGGGUGGUUGACCAGAUCACCACCGUCUGACCAACAGGAUGUGAUGUCACAGGUUUUGGUGGGGUCGCUGAGGAUAUGUACCAUGGCUACUAGCCUCUGUUGGCUGAUGCCUCACAGGGUGUGGCCAAUCAGAGCAAGGAAUCAACAUGUUGUGUUUUCACAUAGAGAGAGAGAGGAAGAAACUGAGGGAGAGAGAGUGAAAGAGAGGGUGAGAAAGUCAGAUGAGAGAGAUGGGGAGAGAGAAAGAAAGUGAGAGGUAGAGAGGAAGAGCGAGAGAAGGUGAGAAAGUCAGAUGAGAGAGAUAGGGAGAGAGAAAGAAAGUGAGAGGGAGGGAGAAUAAGUCAAAGGGAGAGGUAGAGAGAAAGAGAGUGAGAGACAGGGUGAAACAGAGAGGGUGGAGUAAGAUAGAAGAAAAAUGGAGAUGUGCGUUGUUUCCAUGGUUACUCUCUCCUUGCCCCUUGUUGCAGUGUCAUACAGUUAUCAGGACAUGCCCCCCCAUUUUUUGCAGUCUGUAUCUACUGCAGACUGGACCUACUGCA